CCUACUGGAUUAUUUUGGUCUGUCUGCAAGACUCAUUAAAAAAAUGCAUUAGUGAUAAAAGUUCGUGCUCUAUGUUUAUAAUGCUGAACUUUAACCGUGAAAUAAGAUUAAUAUGACUGAAGAUGGAUACCAGAUGAUUAUUCCACAACAUUAGGAUAAAAUGACAUAAACAAUGUCAGGUGGCAACUCCAAGAACAAGGUGCGCUCGAAGCGGCAGGAGGGCUGGGAGGAGGCCGGCGGGGAGUUCUACCAGGAGCUGUACCCCGGCGGCGAGCAGGAGCUGUUCGAGAACCUGCAGAGAGCUGACGCGGCCAAGCUCGCCACGCUGCUGCCUUCCAAACAGGCUAGGAACACGACCACAGUGAAGCGGGUGCGCUCUCAGAAUGAGCGGCGACAGUCAACGUACGCGCGCACCACGCAGAGUCGGGACAUACACCUGUCCAUGCUGCCGGACUUAUCAGAAAACUUAUCGAAUGAAGAACGAACAUGGGAAGAGAUCAUGCAGAUCAAGGCGAUGCCGGUGCCGAUGAACCAAAAGCGAGACAUCAAGGCGAGACUGCAGAACGCCACAAAACUCCGUCUACAGGGCUUAGAACAGUUGCAAUGGCGACAGCGCAAAGUGUGGCACAGAUUCAGCAUACGGUUCACGGAACUGGUGGGAAAGCUGGAGCUGUGGCAGACCUCGCUGCGGGAGAUCGAGGGGAAAUUCGGCACCGGCGUAGUCUCCUACUUUGUCUUCCUGAGAUGGCUGCUGUUCCUCAACCUUGGGAUAUCCACUUUCGUGAUAGUCUUCUUGAUACUGCCCACAGUUUUGCUCGUCGAAGUCGACUACGAAUGCGACGACUUCGCCGAGAACUCCACAAUAUGCUGCUCGCAAGCGUAUUUGAGGCGGAAUCUUACUGAGUUCAAUGUUGUCGUGUCUUUCAUCCAGGGUACAGGUUGGAUGGAGAGGACGAUUUUGUUCUACGGUGUCUACAGUGAUCAAAUGUAUACGUAUUAUAUCAACUCCUUGUGGCGCACGCAAAUGUUCUACAACAUGCCGCUGUCUUAUAUUCUAGUUCCGAUUUCUUGGGCUCUGUUUUCUCUUAUCGCUAUAGUGAAGACCGCUGCAAAGGGGUUCAAGGAGCGUUUAGUCGAAAGCGAAGGACAAUUCUACAAGUAUUGUAACCUUGUGUUUGGUGGGUGGGAUUUCUGUAUACACAACGACAAAUCCUCGAAAAUUAAACACAAGGCUUUGUACAACGAAAUCAAGGGUUGCUUGGAAGAGGAGAGGUUCAAAGAGGAGAAGCAGCUCCGCACCAGAGAGAGUCAGAUCAUGUUGCAUUUAAAACGUUUGCUCAUUCACAUUGUGGUGUUCGUAAUUUUAAUAGCGUCCGGUAUACUUAUCUACGUUAUAUUUAACCAUUCGAUGGACAAAUUGAACGAGGAACAAAAUUCUCAUCUGACCAAUGAAUUUGUUAACGACACGGAAAAAUCUCUGCCUCUGCGCCAGUACAACGAGAGUUCAUACUCGUUUGGACAGUUGCAGAACACGCUGCUAGAGUUUCUACCUUUCAUAACUAUAGUCGUCUUGAAUAUAAUAGUGCCAGAGAUUUUUAGCUAUCUCAUAAAAUUCGAGAACUACAUGCCAGCGAAUACUAUCAUAAUAGCCUUGUUGAGGACCGUUCUCUUGAGGCUGUCGUCUCUAGCGGUACUUUUAAGCCAAAUAUACAUGCAAAUAACGGAUCCCGAUAGGGUUAAAUGCGCAAGUUUUUAUGAGGAGUUCAGGAUGGAAUGUUGGGAGACGUACGUAGGUCAGCAAUUGUACAAGUUAAUAUUAACGGAUUUCGCCUUACAAAUCGUGAUGACUUUCAUAAUUAACUUGCCGAGAGCUUUUAUAGCCAGGCAUUCGAAUAGCAGGUGUCUAAAAAUCAUCGGCACCCAAGACUUCUAUCUCCCCAAACAUGUUCUCGAUAUAGUUUAUAUUCAGACUAUUAUAUGGAUGGGAUCAUUUUUCUGUCCGUUUCUGCCUAUAAUUGGGACAAUCUUUUGUUUUUUGAUAUUCUACGUAAAGAAGUUCACUUGCCUGACAAAUUGUACUCCUUCGCCGAUAGUGUACAAAGCGUCUAAAUCUAAAUCGUUGUUCAUGUCGGUUCUGCUGCUAGGUUUUGUGAUAUCUAUAAUUCCCGUCGCGUAUUCCGUGGCAGAGAUUACACCAUCUUGGAAUUGCGGUCCGUUUCGAGGCUUCGGCACCGUUUGGGAGUUUGUUGUGGACACGUUUGAGGGUUUCCCUUUUGUGGUGCGGGAGAUCGUCUUCCUGUUAGGGACGUCUACUUUCGCGGUGCCGGCUUUCGCUUUCCUGCUAUUCUUUUUAUAUUAUUACUGGGCGGUGGCUGCGGCUAAUCGUCAUAUGGUUGAGGUGCUGAAAAACCAGUUAGUUUUGGAAGGUCACGACAAACAGUUUCUCCUGAAUAGGCUGAGUGCGUUUAUAAGGCAGCAUCAGAAACGGUGCGAGAGGCGGAACAGAGCCAGUUUCGCUGACGACGACUCCUCUGUGCAGCACAGUUCUAGAUAAAAUAGCUGAUUAGUUUAAACUUGUGAUUUUCUCUGGAUUACGUCUAGCUUGAAGUUUAAGGAGUAUUUUUAAAUUGUUUUUACCUUUCCACCUCAAUGAAUUCACAUAUUGUGUUGGUAGAUGGCAUUUUCAGUCACUUGCGGUCUGUGAAUUUGUUUAGGUGUCAAGAAAAAAUAAUUUACUUAUACACAAUAGGAUUUUUUAUGAGAUUGCUUUAUCGGUGGCUUACUACCGUGAAAACCUUAAUAUAAAAGUUAAAAAAUAACCAUAAACUGUAUUUUCGUGUGUAAAUAACUUGCCAUUUAAGAGAUAUAGUUUGGUUCCUCAUUUGUCAUAUUUUAGUCAAUCGUAAUUCUAAGCCAUUAUGUCACAAGAGCGAAACUUACCAAAGAGCUGAUGACGUCAAUUGCAUUUUUUGUGUUGCGUUUAAGUAGAUGGAGAUUUUAUAACUACUAUGUAGAUCUGAGAUGCUCGUCAUAACAUAUUAUCUCGAGACGAGAAAUAGACAAAUGUUAACCAAUAGCGGUGCAAUCGAAAAUCUCUCUUUCAUUGCGUUGGGACGAAAGGGAAGGCGAUAAGGUCGCCUUUUGUACCCCGCUCUUUUUUCAUUAUAUUAUUCUAUAUUGUUUCUUUUGUUUUAUUAUUGUGGUGUAUAAAUCUUAAUAUAUAAAUGCGAAAGGUCAUUCAUCACGAAAUCUCGAGUCCCGCAUAACGUACAAACAUGAAAUUUGGCAGGGAGGCAGUUUGUAGUUAGUAGGUAUCCACUGAGAACAAAUUUUACGAUAGGGCCGGAUUAAAGAGGUCUAAAGGCUCUCGUAAAUAAUAAAUACUUAAAGUGAUAUUUUAACUCUCCGCUAUUGGUCGACAAUAUGUCUUUUUAGGCCAGCUGAAGGCCUAGCAUGCAACCAUUCUACGUAUCUCGUGAAAAGAAAUAGACAAAAUGUCAACCAAUAGCAGUGCGAAUAUCACUAUCUCUUUCAUUGCGUUAGGACUGGGACUACUCUGUAGCAAUUGGUCGACAUUUUGUCUAUUUCUAGACUUAAUGAUGUAGUCGUAUUCUUUGACAUUCCUGUAAUUUUAUUAUACACUAAUCACAAUAUUUGCGUGAUUGAGCUUCACUUGAAUGGGGAUGAUGACUAGGUUUGAAUAUAUUGAUUUUUAUGAGACAUUCGGGUUAAUGAGGUCAAUAUUAACUAAUCUAUACGUAAAAAACAAAGAUUAUCUGGAUAUAAAAAACAAAAAUAAUAGAAUUUCAAAAUCUAAUAAAAAUCUUUUAUCGUUAUUAAAUGAAAAUUCAUACAGUUUUAGCUUUCUUACAUUAAAAGUAACAUUUUUCAAUAUAUGAACUAUAGACAUAAACGCACAAAAAUAACAAAGAUAUUGUAAUUUUGUUUGAACGCCCAUACAAAUCGUUAUGAUCAACGACGUCAUUAAUUCGCACCAUUUUGUAUAGUACGUUUUUCAGGGAUCCGCGGUAGCGCCGCAAAUCUGACUCUUUAAAUCCCUGUAGCUCCGAAAGUAAUGAUCUCAGAUACCUAGUCACUUUUACAAAAUUGCUUUACUAUUAGCAUUCUCCUAAUUUAUAUACAAUUUAAAAAACUGUCAUCAUCCCUAUUGAGAUGAUUUGAUUUAGAAAAUACUUGUGACACUAUCUUGUAAGAUGAUUGAGGUAUGCUAACAAAAUUAUGUAAUAACCAAUUUUGGUGCUUUCAUCUGUGUGUUGAAAUCUUGAUGUUCCUGUAUAUUCAAAUCUUCUGGCAGUUUGACACUAAUAGUCUUAUAAUUUAAUGCGUAUUUAUUAACCUAUUUUUACAGAGUUGUGUUUAUGAAAUUGGAAUCUUUGCUUUUGUAGUCAACAACGAGGUGUUUUGAAACUAGUCGAUUUAUUUCCUUUUAUGAAUAUUCGGUUCAUAUUCCUGUUUAGUUAUUUUGUCAUUUACAAGUCAAUUUCGAUAGUCUCUGUAAGUUUUUACUCUGCGUUAUUAAUCUUUAAUAGGCUACUCGCCUGUUGUAUAAAACUAAGAAGAUUUUUUGCAUAGAGGCAGUUUAGAUGCCUAGAAACACUAAUCACAUUUUUAUUUGUGAAAAUAAUCUCGUAAUUGUAAUAUUUUUAUAAAACAAAAUUGUAUUUUUAUCACGUCACCGCAAACGCCAAUCGUAAACUGUAACGUCAUUCGCUACAGCAUCGGUUUGUGAUUGGCGCUAGCGGUGACGUGAUAUAAUCACAUCACUGCAAACGCCAAUCAUGCUGUUAUCUUUAUGAAUGACGUCACUUGCUAAUGUGUUGUAUUUCGGCGGCAAAAAUUUUACGUACAUAUUUUUUCAUUUAAAUAAAAUUUUUACUGGUUAUUAUUGACGGGACAAAAUAAAAUAUAGCUUAUAAUACUUCCAUAAUUCAGUUUAAACACUGUUUACAAAAGAGGCAAGUAGCCUAUUGUACGUAUUGUAAAUUCCCAUCUGAUGUCAAUGUAGACAACAUACAGCUUUAGUAUAUAUGCGGAAUCGCGCAAAGUUAAGCCUUUGGCCUUGACCGAAGCCACAGCCGAAGUAUCAGAGAGCAGCAUCAUAGUCUAAAAUAAUUCAUAAGAUCAAUCGUACUGAUUUAGGUAGUCCUCUUUUAUUUCUACAAUCCUAGUACUCGUAUAUCAUCAAUUAAUAAAAAUUGUACAUAGCAUUUAUUAGUAAAUAUUAGAUUAUUUAGUUUAGAGAUCUCAUUAUAAUAAAUGUAAUAAAUUAAUUGUGUAUUAAAUAAAAUAUUAAGUAAUAUUUAUAUGUAAUUGGUUUCUUUGAGGAUUUGUUGUAUGUAUUUAAUGUCAAUUUUGUGAAUUAUUCCUAUGGCUCUUCCUUUGUUCCUUUUACUAUAAUUUGUGAUAAAUCAAUACUGUCAAAAUUGACAAAAAUACCAGCACGUAAAUACGCGAUUUUGAUUUUUUACAUAAAGAAACAAAAUUACCCCUUUGCCCAUAGACAUAAUUUAAAGUUCAGAGACCGUGAACUAAAAAAUGACGCACCCUAAUGCUACCAGAUAGCGUAUAUACGUAAAAGCAGUCGCGCACACAGAUGCACAUAUGAAGACAGACUGCCAUUAAUUUCUUAAAUGUGGCUAUCACUUCACACUCAUAUAGAUAGUAGAUACCAAUUGAGCACCAUUAUCAAGGUGCUUCAGUUUUGACAGCUAAAUACCGUCUGCCUAUUAUGUCAGUCUAUGCUUUUGCCUAUUGUAUCUUUAAACUAAAAGCAGGAUAAAGUACCUACUUUAUUUUGAAAGAUAAUCUAAGUACUUGCUACUCUUUUCUACCAUUUGUUCAGUUUGAAAUUAUAAUCUAGAUAAUUAUAAAAAAAUACAUUGUUGAUUGAACGUAUAAAAUAACUACAAGAUCGAUUUGAUUUUAACUUUAUAUUUUUCCGUUCUAGUCCAUUGAAAUGUUACAUUUUUUAGGCCUUAGGCUGCGUUUUUUAGAGGACGCAAUUUUAUUUUUUUAAUGUGUACGGGGGGUCAGUGAAAAGCUAAAACCAAGUUUGUGGGGACCACAAUUGUCUCACGGCCGCCAUCUUGAAGAAAGGGUUUAUAAAACCUUAGCUAUUGAAUUAAUGAAAAAAUGUUUAUUUGGUUAUAACUUUUUUAUUUAUGAUUCUACGACAAAAAGUUACUGGAUCAAGUUGUAGAGAAUUUAAUUUCAAAUCAUCAUCAUCAUCAUCAACCAAAAAUGUCAACAUUUUUUUUUUAUAACAAACAAAUAGUUUAAGAGAUAUAACGUAAAAACCUUUUCAAUCCCCUUAUUUUCAAGAUGGCGGCCGUGGGACAAGGGUGGGCCCCACAAACUUGCUUUUAGCUUUCAACUGACUCCCCACCCUUCACAUCAAUAAAAUAAAAUUACGUCCUCUAAAAAAUGCAACCCCAAUUUGUAACUUCUCAAUGGACUAUUCCGAAUAAAAUGACGGAUGAUUUUGAAUCAUGAAAAAAAUUCAAUAUAGAAAUAUAAUUUAUUGAAUGAUAAAAUGUUAUUAAAUAGAUACGUUUUGUUAACAAAUUAUCUUUCUAAAUUGUGUAUGUAUUAAACAGGAUCUUAAAAUCCAUGCAAAUUCAGGUAUUUUGUAUGAAAUUGCCAUAGAUUUUGAUACUUAGGUAAUUAGAACAAUUUUAGAUAAUUUGAAAUUAGCCAAAUCUAAACAUAAGUUUGUUGUAAUACGUAGAUUGUAAAUAUUAUAAUGUAGUAAUAAAUCUAAUGUAUCUAUUUAUUUAAUCAAUCUAUAACUAGACGAUACCCAUGACUGUGUUUCAGUUAACACAAUAUUCUUCCAACAAUUUUCAUUUCAUUCGAUCUCAAUACUUCAACGCAUAAGAUGUUGCUCUAAUCUAAGCUUUAUGUACCUGUCAAAAUUACAUGAAAAUACGUUUAGUAUUUAAGAACCAUUAUGAAAAAUAUUUUAUUUGACGACCACACGUUACGCUUGUGCAAAGUUAGUCCGGGAUCCGGAGAACAUUUUGUACAACUGAUUAGUAACAAGCAAAUUUUUCGUGAGUAGCUUCAUCUCGGUGAGACGAUCAACUUUUUUAUUAACGAAAAUUCUUGAUUCUGUUUGCCAACUGAGUUACCGGGAAAUAAAAAUUUCAGAGCGUCGGAACGAGAUGACGUACCACGCAAUUUGUAGGAUAAUGUGGCUGUUAAAUUGUAUAACUAUUGAUUAAGCAACAGUAAAAAAAAGAGCUGGUUAGUAACAACUUUUAAUAACCUCAAUUAAACCCUUAUACAAGUUGGGAGGAGGAUAGAGUAACAAAAGUUGCUACUAAUCAGAUGUUUUUUUUACUGUUGAUUAAUAAAUAGCUAUACAACUGCCACAAUGUCCUACAAUUUUCGUGGUACAUUAUCUUGUUUCGACGUUCUGAAAUUUUUAUUUCCCGGUAACUCAGUUAGCUACCAGAAUCAAGAAUUUUCGUAAAUAAAAAAGUUGAUCGUCUCAUCGAGAUGAGGCUACUUAUGAAAAAUUAGCUUGUUAGUAAUUACAUGUUCUAGAGAUCCCUGACUAUGUAAUGAAAUGGAAUUUUGAAAUAAUAUAAUUCAAAUAUAGUUCUGGACAUUCAAAAAGACUAAAAAAAUUUAGGUCUUGUGUAAUUCUUCUUUAAAUAGUUCCCUUUAUAAUUUCUGUAAUAAUAUUCAACUGAUUUAUAAUAAUUAAACUUAAUGUAUGGAGAGAAGAUUUGUUGACGACCAGUCUCGUACAAAACCGCGUUGUAUGUAAAAAAGUUUUGUCAUUGUACUAUUGUAAAAAUUAGGAAAAAAUAAGUGGCAAAUUAUAUAAAUAAUGCUGUAAAAUUGUGUUUAAAAAAUUUUGGUCGCGCGUUUUUGGUACGAGAUCGGAAGUUAGUAAAAAUCAGUAAAAUAAUUUAGUAAAUAAUAUAAUGUGUACACUAUCAUAAUAUAAAUGUGGUUCAUUACGUGAUUCUAAAUUAGGUGAAAUUAGGUAAACGAUAAAAUAUUUUCUUUUCUCGUUUA